CCCCCCCCCAAAAAAAAAAAAAAAAAAGAAGGAAAAAAAAAAAAAAAAAACAAACAAAAAACCCAAACUUGCUCAACUCGUUCCGGGAGGCGCCGGGCUCCAUGCGGCGGCGGGGCCGGUGCUGAGCCCCGGGGCCGCGGAGCCAUGGCCAUGGUGGCCGGCGGCUGGGGCGAGCCCAACGGCGGCGGCGGCGGCGGCGGCGGCGGGGAGGAGGCGGCGUCCCCCGCGGGCGGCGGCAGCGACGCGGAGCACGGCGAGGAGGAGCGGGCCGGGGCGGCCGUGGACUGCGUGGUGUGCGGGGACAAAUCCAGCGGGAAACACUACGGGGUCUUCACCUGCGAGGGCUGCAAGAGCUUCUUCAAACGCAGCAUCCGCAGGAACCUCAGCUACACCUGCAGGUCCAACCGCGACUGCCAGAUCGACCAGCACCACCGCAACCAAUGCCAGUACUGCCGCCUGAAGAAGUGUUUCCGUGUGGGGAUGAGGAAGGAAGCUGUGCAGCGGGGCCGGAUCCCCCCCACCCACUCCAGCACCAGCCCCAACACCAUGCCCAGUGGGGAAUACUUCAACGGGCAGCCGGUGUCGGAGCUCAUCUCGCAACUGCUGCGGGCUGAGCCCUACCCGGCCGCCCGCUACGGCUCGCAGUACGCGCAGCAGGGCAGCGUCAUGGGCAUCGACAAUAUCUGCGAGCUGGCCGCCCGCCUCCUCUUCAGCACGGUGGAAUGGGCCCGGAACAUCCCCUUUUUCCCUGAGUUGCCCGUCUCCGACCAAGUAGCCCUGCUCCGGCUCAGCUGGAGCGAGCUCUUCGUCCUCAACGCGGCACAGUCGGCGUUGCCGCUGCACAUGGCCCCGCUGCUGGCCGCUGCCGGCUUCCACGCCUCCCCUAUGUCGGCCGACCGCGUCGUCUCCUUCAUGGACCAGAUCCGCAUCUUCCAGGAUCAGGUGGAGAAGCUCAACCGGCUCCAGGUGGACUCGGCUGAGUACAGCUGCCUCAAAGCCAUCGCGCUCUUCACGCCGGAUGCCUGCGGCCUCUCGGACCCGGCGCACGUGGAGAGCUUGCAGGAGAAGGCGCAGGUGGCUCUCACGGAGUACGUGCGGUCGCAGUACCCCUCGCAGCCCCAGCGCUUCGGCCGGCUCCUGCUGCGGCUGCCGGCGCUCCGGGCCGUGCCGGCCGCCCUCAUCUCCCAGCUCUUCUUCAUGAGGCUGGUGGGGAAGACGCCCAUCGAAACACUAAUCAGGGACAUGCUGCUGUCCGGGAGCACCUUCAACUGGCCCUAUGGGACGGGGCAGUAGGGGACAGAGCCUCUCCUCCCCACCUCUGCCCAGGGACCCCCAGCAGCCGGACUCGGAUUCCCUCCAGCACCCCAAGAUGGUGCCGUCCCUGGGGAGCCCCGAACUGCGCUGGCCCCCUUGCCCCGCAGCCGUCUGGUAGCUCGACCGUCCCCCCAAAAGCAGCGGGGUCGCGGCGUUGCCCUCCUAACCCCAAAGGUACUGGCCGUGCCGCCGCUGUUGGACACCGAACUCUUCUGUACCCCGCUGAAGUGGAGCUCCCUGGCCCCCCCCCGGGGACAUUGGAGCAUCCCCGGGGCUGGUCCCUCGCUCUGUCCCUGCGUCGGAGCCGGGCUGGAGCCCAGAGAGGGGGACGCUGUCCUCUGGCUGCCCGCCCAAAUCUGAAUUUCAGAUGACAAGAGGUGAAGGGAGGUGAGACCAGCCAGGCUGGGGGGGGGGUGUGUGUGGGGGGGCCUGGCUAUGCAGAGCCAUCCUUGGGGCGGGGUCCAGCUGCGGGACCCCCUGCCUCUCCCCCCAGCCCAGUCCUGGCAAUGGGGGGAAAAAGGGUCAUUUUAAAGCCCCUUUGUGCUCUGCUGGGGGUGGGGGGGGCUGCCCCUUCCUGCCCAGGCUGCAUCCAGCCUCGAGGACUGAAGCACUGAGCUUGGAGCAGCCCCUUUUUGGGGACUCGGUUUGUCCAUGCCUGGUCCCAGCCCCCCCCCCCCCCCCCCCUCCUUGCCCCCUGCACUUUUCCCUGAAGCAUCUCCACUGUUGGGGCAUGAGGAGGCGGGGGGGUUCAUGGGUGGGGAUGGGGGUACAGGGGAGGAGAUGGGGUACAUAAGCAGCUGGCUGGGGCCAUGCACCAUGCAGGGUGCAAACCAAGCAGUCCUUUUUGGGUUUGUCCUGCUCUUCUCCUUUCCUCCCCUGCCCCCCCCCCCCCCCCCCCCACCUCGCUUGGUGCUUUUCCCCCCACCCUGGGCCAGAUCCAGCACCCACCACCCUCCCCGCACUGGGGGAGAUGGGUGCCAGCAUCCCCCAUGCUCGCUGUGUUUCUGUGCCUAAUUAUUUUUGGGUUUUUUAAGCCAGGUUUGGGUCAGAGAGUUGUGAGGGGGAGACAUACCAAAAUUGGGCUGGAAAGGGAUGGUCCUUGUCCCCAGGGCUGAGCUGUGCCAGAGAAAGGGGCACACAGAGAUGGGGGGCAGAGCCACCGCAGAGGGAUGGGGGAUGCCCUGUGGUUCCCCCCCCCCAGGGUUCUGCUUCUCAGGGGUAUCCACCAUGCAGACAGACGGAGGCAGGAUUAGCCGAGGAUUUGUCAUUUAGAUUGAUUCACUGAAAAUAUAAUCCUUGUUCAAUGAUACUAAAACAAAUUAACUGAAGUCAAUAAAAGAUGUUUCUUACAA